AUGAACAUCUUCAAGAGUCUCCUUGGAAAAGUAUGGCAGGACCCCAAUGCUGCCGAAGUCGUCAAGAUCGAGAUGGGGCAGCUGUACCUUGUCAGGCCGGGCAACAUCCGGUCAUCAAGGGAAUGCAUAUACAACGAGGCAAUAGCGACCAUACGUCGUGUCCCCGCACUCGACCACAAUUUUCAGCUAGUCAUUACACGAGUAUAUGAAGAUGGUGAUCAAGAGCUUCUCGAAGAUGAAGACGAAACUGACGAAGAGAGGGUGUUCUUGAUCAGUGAAGAGCUUGAAUUCCGUUCUGGAGUGACGGACGAUGAACCAACUUUCAUUUGGCGCGACCUCGAUGGGGAUGUCGACGAAUUAUAUGAAUUCGUAGCCUCAGGGACCAACGAACCGACUCGUGCAUUUUUCGAGACUUGCAUGUACCGCGCCAUGUAUGAGCGCAAGUACAAGGCAAGUGCGGAUAAUACCAAGGACUCUGACCUAGAUCAGUUUAUAUGGCGACCUGUCACAAAAGCUAGGGGCAAAGGCGGUAACCGGAAGUCGCCGAAGAAUCAACAAGACUCCGGAGACCUUCCAUCAGACUCUGUGGAUGACUCCGCGGUCCAACCACAAGCGAUGCCAACUAAGCCAACAAGUCCAACGGUGAGGGCCUCCUUUGCGAGCUCCUCACUUCCAACAGUUGCUUCCCAAGAAGGCCUUGUCUUCUUCUGGAACCUGGAAGCAGAGGGCUUUGUUGCUGAGCGCGAAGAAGUUGUUGUUGCCAAAAUCGUUGAGCGCACCGGCAACUUCAAUUAUUGGCUCAUGAUCACUGAUGAGGAUGGCGACUUCGUUUCCCACAAAAUAUCUUCGGACAUGAAUCCUCGCUGGGCUCCAAAGACGUCAUCCCUGACAUGGAAUUAUGCCAACGGCGGCAGAUAUGAUAGUUGGGCCCUGCAACUUGCGUCUACAGAAGCAUACGAUGCGUUUAAGACGGCCUUCGCUCAAUGCCUGUGGGAAACAUUACAUGGCGUUGAAUUUCGAAAGGCGAAGCCUGAUGAGCAAGCCUACGUCAUCAGUUCAACGACUGAAGAUGUGGAAAUGCGUGGCGUGGAAGAUGAGGACGAAGACGAAGAAGAGGUUGAGUCGGAACUUGACCCUGAUGAAGAAGCGAGUGAGGAAGAGGAGGAAGAAGAGGAAGAGGAUGGUGUUUCUCCACUACCACAAGGGGAACGCAACUCGCAAUUAACGAUCGGAUAUAAGGGUGAUCGCUCUUAUGUUGUCCGUGGAAGUAAUAUUGGUGUUUUCAGUCACUCCAGAAACGAUGAAGUGAAGUACUAUGCCACUAUAAGUAAAAUUUCUACGCCAAAGGGCAAAGAAUUCAAGCCACAAGAGGUCAUGUUGCACGAUCAGGACACGAAGAUGGUCCUCAAGAAUCCCUCGGAUCCACACUCAUUGUUCAGCAUGGACAUUGAACGAGGGAAAGUUGUCGAAGAGUGGAAGAUCCACGAAGACAUCAGUGUUGAUCACAUUGCCCCCGACAAUAAAUUCGCUCAAACUACUCGCGAGCAAACUCUUGUCGGUGCUUCUCACAAUGCGCUGUUCAGAGUGGAUCCACGCAUCUCUGGCAACAAGAUGGUUGAGAGCCAAUACAAGCAAUAUGUCAGCAAGAAUAAAUUCUCUGGGGUCGCCACAACAGCCAGCGGAAAGUUGGCAGUGGCAAGCGAGAAGGGAGAUAUCAGACUUUUCGAUACAAUUGGGAAGAAUGCGAAGACAGCCUUACCACCUCUCGGUGAUCCCAUUCUUGGUAUCGACGUCACUGCCAGUGGCCGGUGGAUUGUUGCAACAACAAAGAGUUACCUCUUGCUCAUCGACACUCUUAUCGGCGAAGGGAGAUACGCCGGAAAUCUGGGUUUCGAUCGCAGUUUCCCCGCUAACGCCAAGCCUAUGCCGCGAAGGCUUCAACUUCGCUCUGAGCACGUUGCAUAUAUGAAUCAUGACAUCAGCUUCUCAGUUGCCCGUUUCAAUCAAGGCGAGGGGCAAGAAGAGAAUGCCAUCGUCACAGCGACAGGGCAGUAUGUCAUUGCAUGGGACUUCGCGAAGGUUAAGAAAGGACAGCUUGACAAGUAUGAGAUCAAGAAGUACGAAGACAUGGUUGUGCAAGACAAUUUCAAGUUCGGGGAUGACAAACAAAUUAUCGUGGCCCUUCAGAACAACGUCCUUGCGAUCAACAAGAAGAACCUCAAACGCCCCACAAGAACUUCGCUUGCUCCCGGGCCUAUGUCCAGUCUUCAGAGUCGGUCGAGCAUCGUGCAUAGUCCGUAUUAG